AUGUCAUCAGAUAAAGUCGCCCGAUUUACUCAUGAUGACUAUACUGUGGCUUGGAUCUGCCCAAUGGUUGCCGAGCAGACCGCCGCUAUAGUCAUGUUGGACAGUGAACAUGAGCGUCUGCCACAGCCAUCGAGUGACCACAACGUCUACACUCUAGGCAGCGUCAACGGACAUAACGUUGUGGUUGUUGGCCUCCACACCUCGGGCAAUAACCCUGCGGCCGUAGUCGCGACGCAGAUGAGAACGACCUUCCCUCGGCUCAGAUUUGGUGUGCUGGUCGGCACAGCUGGUGGCGUACCGACAAGAACUACACAAGGGGACAUUCGCCUCGGCCAUGUGGUGGUUAGCCAGCCGAUGGGCGAGCACUCGGGGGUAGUGCAAUACGAUCACGGGAAGGCCGAAAUCGGGCAAUUUCGACGCACAGGCUACCUGGCUUCGCCGCCAACGGUGUUACUCAAUGCCGCUCGGGAAAUGGACAUACGGCGUCAAUUUGUGCAGAAAGAAGACCCCCUUCUCAGUCAUCUUUCGCGUAUCGAAACACGUCUUCGGCACCCGCAGAGAUAUCGGUAUCCUGGAGCUGACAAGGACCGCCUGUUCAAAGCAGAAUAUCUUCACCCUGACCCCAAGAUUUCCUGCCGGGAGUGUGGAUGCGACUCGAACUCCAUUGUGCGUCGUCGCGCUGGUUAUAUUGAUGAUGAUGAUGAUGAUGACGAUGACGCCGACGUGUUCGAUCAAGACGAACAAUUCGUGGUACAUAGAGGAACAAUUGCCACCGGGGAACGGGUGAUCAAUAAUGGACAUCUGAGAGACAAACUAGCAAGACAGUAUGGUAUCCUCUGUUUCGAGAUGGAGGCUGCCGGGGCUUCAACCGACUUCCCUUGCCUUGUUGUUCGAGGCAUCUCGCACUAUUCAGACUCGCAUAAGAAUGAUCGGUGGCAGGAUUACGCUGCAGCAGCUGCAGCUGCCUAUGCUCGGGAGCUUUUCUUCCACAUGCCUGUGUAUGAGGUGAAGCAAGUCAAGAUGGCCGAGCACAUAUCAGUACGCAGUGCUAGAUAA